AUGCCAACGCUGCAUGUGGGUCUCGUUGGCUAUGGCCUUGUGGGGCAAGAGCUGGUCGGACAGAUGUGUGCAGCAGCACCCAAGCUGGAGAAAGAGAUCGGGGUGCGCAUCGAGAUCGCCGCGGUGUCCCGUUCCCGCACCAUGGCGCUUCUGCCGGCUGGCACCGCAAGCUUUACAGAGUGGCCGGAAAGUCAGGAGGAGGCGGCAGACCUGAAGAAGCUAGGCCAGCAUGUGGUGGACUUGGCCGCAGCAAGUGGUGGUCGUGCAUUGAUUGUGGACAACACAGCCUCCGAUGCCCCUGCGGAGCUCUACGAGGCGUGGCUGUUGGCCGGUGCGGAUGUCGCAACGCCCAACAAGCGAGCAGGCAGUGGGCCGAUGCCACGCUACGAGAAGAUUAUGGAGGCGUCCCGCAAGAGCGGCGCGCGCUUCUUGUACGAAGCAACGGUCGGUGCCGGGCUCCCCGUUGUGGGCCCGCUGCAGGCGUUGCUCAGAGCGGGCGACGAAGUGGACACCGUGGAGGGCAUCUUCAGUGGCACCCUGUCCUACAUCUUCAACACGUGGAAGCCCGGUGUGAAGUUCUCUGAAGUGGUGAAGGAGGCGAAGGACAAGGGCUUCACCGAGCCCGAUCCGCGAGAUGACCUGGGAGGAACCGACGUUCAGCGCAAGGUGACCAUCCUUGCACGCGAGAUCGGCUUGAAGAUCGAGCUCGAUGAUGUCCCGGUGAAGUCUCUGGUCCCGGAGAAGCUUCAGAAUUGGGAAGCGCCCGAUGGCAAGAAGCUUGGAGAUGCUUUUGUGGAGGAACUGACAGCCUAUGAUGAUGAGAUGGAUGCCCUUCUGGAAGAGGCCGAGAAGGCAAACGAGGUACUCCGAUUCGUUGGGUCCGUGGACGUGAAGUCGGGCAAGGCCUCGGUGAAGCUCGGCAGAUAUCCCAAGGACCACCCAUUCGCCUCCACCCAGUUUGCUGACAACAUCUGCGCAGUUUCCUCGAAGCCCUGGCCCGAGAGCUUUCCAGAGCUUCUGCCCUUUCUUUCGCCCUCUUUUGGCAUGGACUCGCGACACAGCGUCCGCACUGCACUGUCACUGUUCUCGUGUCGUCGGUUUGGUCCCUAUCGUUCGUUUGUGUCGCUAGGCCCCUCAUCUCUGCUGUGUACCCAAGCGCAAUCCACCACGUCAAAUCACAGCAAAGCCCAAGCGAUGCUGGGCAGUUGA